GAGCAUGUACCAGCGGAGCUAUUCUUUCCGGAUUAUUCGCGCGCCCAACGCAAAACCUGGGCAAGGGAGGAGUUCGUAUUGGCGUUGACGGACCAUAGUGGGGCUCGGAAAAACGCGUACUGUCAUAAAUUCCUGCCAACAUGGGACGAGAACAGUGUUUCAGAGAAUGGAACAUAUCCCGCCGUGUUGGUGGUUAUAUCUCCUAUCCGUAAUGCAGUGUUCUAUCUGGAUUUGGCUAGGACUAUCUUGAAGUAUAUAGGGCGUAGUCAAGCGCAGCUCACUAAUUUUCUAUCCUCAAUCAUUCAGCAUAGCUAUCCACAGAAUAGAGGGGCAAGCCUUGUUGUUGUUGAAAAAUGCGCCACAGGAUGGCCUAUCAGGAUUGAAAUAUUUAACCAAGGAACCAUUCUUGGAAGGACGGGAUGUUCCCAAGUGUGUUCUGUAUCGAAACUGGUCCAAGUCAUGGAAGCCCUGAUUCAACCCCUCUCAUGGCCUCAUGUGUUUAUCCCUGCAGUUCCGGAUAACUUACUUGACCUCUGCCACAAUCCUACACCUUAUCUGAUGGGGAUACUGAGAAACAAUCUCGCUCCUAUACAUGAUCUCAUCAUUGCCGACCAAACCGGUGGGAAGGACCUAGAUCAGGUGGAUUUUGUGUUCAUCGAUGCGGAUAAUGGACUCAUUAAUCCACCUCCGGAUCCUUACGUCUAUAACAGCAGUGUAGCAGCUUGGAAGCAACAGGUUCCUUACUUUUGCAGAACAUGUACGCUUUAUGUUAGCAUUAAAGCAUAUUGA